AAAAAACAGCAAAUUCGGCGGUUGCGUGGCGUAUUUGGAGACGUCUGGGAAAACCAAAGGCUGCGAUGGAAGUGGAGAGCACCCAAGUGCGUCCCGAUGGCAAAAAGUUGAUUGACGUCACCCUGAGACGACAAGGGAUGCCACCUCAACAGGCACCACUGGUUGUUCCUCAAUUCGAUGAUGACGACGACAGCAGUAGCUCUGACGACGAGCCAGCGAUUGAAUCUUUAUUUCAGAGCUCGCUAAGCAAGAAGCAGUACACGAGUGGAAGCAGCAACAACAAUGACGAGGACAAUCAUGACGAGAACACUGGAGAACAGCAGAAACUUUUCCAGGGCGAAAUUCAGUGGGACCGUGUGCAAGAGAUCCAGGAACUAACAAAUGCCGACACGACGUUGACUUCGGAAAUACGUGACCUUCGGCAACAAGUGAAAGCGUAAGAUUCUCACGGCAACCCCAAUAAUACUUCGAUCAAAGAUUUUUCUUUAAUACCAAUAAACAGCCUGCAGAUCCAGCUAGAGGCACAAGCACCAGUGCCAGGACUAGACGUCGACGCAGUUCAAGACAUUCUGCUUGAGAAAGACAACCUUGAUCAUGAUGUUCGAGACGUGAAGAUCGUCCAUCAGGCUAAGACUCUGCGGUCUUUAAAGCGUCAGUUACAGCGUGAAAAACAACUAGCAAUGGAUGCAACCAAGCAGUCCCAAGCACUUCAAGCAGCCAAUAAACAGCUUGAGGAAGAGGUUGACACACUUAAGCUGAAGUUGCAGCGUUUCCAGGCUCGAGUUGCCGCAGAAAAGGCCAAUAACAAUGGUGCAGUUAACCAACCUCAGCUACCCGAGUCCCCGUCCAGUGAUACCAACAGUGACGGUGGAUCGUUGAAGAAACUCGUUGACGAACUAAAGUCGAAAAACACUGCGUUGCAACAGGAACUCAAAAAAACUCAACGUGCAUUGGUGCGAGAGGUUGGAGAAGACGUGCCACUUGAAGAAAUUGUUGGAAAUACAGACAACGCCGCUAGCGGAGCAAGUCGACGUGGCCGCGCCCAGCAGAUUAUCAUGCUCAAAACUAAAGUGAAAAAGCUGCAGACUCGACUCGCUACCAUGAGACCUGGAACCACUUCACCGGAUCCACAUGAUUUAGGAAACGUACUGGAUGUUGAUCAACGUGCACAGCAAGAUCUGUCCGGUCAGCAAAUGCACCGACAGAAACUGUUGGACCAGCUCACAACUCAACGUGAUGAACUACAGGAGCGUCUCCACCGUUUAACUCGAAACUACGACGCACUCAAGGCACGCGCACAGAUUCUUGAUCGAGAAAAGCAUGAAACACGUGACAAGUUCCAGGUAUUGGUGGAUAAAUCACGCACCGACGACGCCCUUGUUGACGCUCUUCAACGCCAACUGGAGACGUGGAAGACGAAGUUGCAUGAUGCGAGACGCGCUCGGACUGCAGACAGCUCCAAAUGUACCAGCCAAGACGAGCGGGUUGAGCUGGAAAGACUCCGCAAAAUCGUCGCUGAACACAAAAGCAGAGGCGGUGACAGAUCAACUGGUGCAAUGCCACAGCCAAGCGAGAUUUCACAGUACCGCGCAAUAGCCGUGGAAAAGGAGCGCCUGACUGAGGUAGUUCGCAGCUUGAAAGCGCAAGUCGAAGAUAAGGAUAAACAGCUACGAAGCCUGCAGGAAUCGCACAGCAGCUCUGAUCUACUGCAAGCUACGCCGCCAUCUCCGUCGUUGCCACCUAUCGGAGAUGAAAGCGUUUCGCGUCUUCCGCGGCGGCCUAGUAGAAUCCCAUUGCCAAGCGGGGGCCCCCCUCCUCCAUCUGCAGUUAUAAUGGAGCAACAACAGCAACAACUCAAACACGAAAUGGAGACACUUUGCAAAACAUUUCGAGAGACCGUGCGGGAAAAGGACGAGCGCAUCGCUGAACUCGAGCAGCAUCGACAAUCUACGGCUCAAUCCAGCACUACCGGUACGGAUGUGAAUGCGAUGAGCCAACAACUACGGGAGCUUCAAGAAGAGAACGACUUCCUACGACAGGAGUUUGACAAGCUGAAGACCCGCUACGAAGCUCUAACAAAACCUCCUGCCUCAGUUAGCAGGAAGAAAAGCAGAUCGAAAGAGAAGUGA